AUGAAGGCAAUCGAUGAUGGAAAUGGUGGUUUAUAUUUCCUAGAUGCCCCUGGUGGAACAGGUAAGACAUUCCUCAUGUCAGUAGUUUUAGGCACUGUUCGGGCGAGAUCAAACAUAGCGCUUGCAGUUGUUUCUUCUGGAAGAGCAGCCACAUUGUUAGAAGGAUGCCGUACGGCUCAUUCAGCAUUAAAAUUACCGUUAAAUCUUCAAACUAUUAAAGAACCAACGUGUAAUAUUACGAAAAAUUCAACAAUGGCCAAAGUUUUAUCGGCAUCGAAAAUCAUCAUCUGGGACGAAUGCACAAUGGCGUAUAAACGUGCAUUAGAAGCACUUAAAAGAACAUUGAAAGAUUUACGGAAUGACUCGAGAUGUUUUGGAGGAGCAAUGAUUUUACCGUCUGGCGAUUUCCGCAUAACACUGCCAGUAAUUCGAAGAUCUGCAACUGCCGACUAA